UCCUACCCUCUGCAACCUGCAUCUCUCCUCUCCGGGAAGGCCUUUGGAGUUUGGAUCCCUCGAUCUCCAAGGCCUUCUCCUCGGACUGGUUCGAUCACCACCCAUUGUCACCGCCUCCAUCGAUCUCGAUCCCUCACACACCCUUCUUCGGUUCAUUCCCCUAGGCGAUCACGCCUCCUCCGCAUCACCGCGCCGUCUGAUCGAUUCGACAGCACCUGAGAGAGAGACAGAAACAGAGGCAAAGCAAGCCGGCGGGCCGGACCGGUGGGUGCUGUCUGCGCGAGCGCGUACAUACGUGUGUAACCGCAUACGGUGCGGCGCGGUGGAAUUGAUGGCGUCCCAUGAGGUCCAGGCGCCGCGACGGUGCUGACUCGGCGCUCGAUGAUCGUCCGCAGGCGGUGACGGCGGCGGCGGCUCCUCGGACGUCGUCCCUGCGGCGUUCUUGGCCACCGCGUGGUCACUGGCAGGCAGCGGGGAAGCAAGAUGAGCUGCUUGCCGUGUUUCGGGAAGAAGAAGAACGAGGGAGGCGGCGACGAGCAGGCGGAGUCGUCGCGGGGGCCCAUGACGCCGCCUCCCGCGGUGCAGGCGCCCGCGCCCUCCUACGGCGCCCCGGCUUCUGCCGCGCCCGUCGCGGUCGCCGCUCCAGCGCUAGUCACGCCUGCCAAGCCGCCCGGCGAGAACAACGCGGGCUCCUCGGAGGACGCGCUGCGGCAAGAAAUCGAGGUGAAGGCGUUCGCGUUCCGGGAGCUCGCGGCGGCCACGGACCACUUCACGCCGUACAACCUCGUCGGAGAAGGGGGCUUCUUCAGGGUGUACAAGGGCCAGCUAGACAAGGACGGACAGACCGUGGCCAUCAAGCAGAUGGACAAGCAUGGAUUCCAAGGCAACAUCGAGUUCCUGACCGAGGUCUCCAAGCUCAGCAAGCUUCACCAGGAGAACCUAAUCGACAUCCUCGGCUACUGCGCCGACGGCGACCAGCGGCUCCUCGUCUACGAGCACAUGGACGGCGGCACCUUGGAAGACCACCUCUUCGACUUGCCGCCGGAGAAGAAGCCGUUGGACUGGACGACGAGGAUGAAGGUGGCUUAUGGCGCGGCGCAGGGUCUCGAGUACCUGCACGAGAAGGCGAACCCGCCAGUGGUAUACGGGGACUUCAAGGCCUCCAACGUCCUCCUCGACGCCAGCUUCACGCCCAAGCUCUCCGACUUCGGCCUGGCGCAGCUCGGCAAGACGGGUGGCGGCAACAUGCCCAUGGCGUCGCCGAUGAUGGGCUCCUUUGGGUGCCUCGCGCCGGAGUACGACCGCGGCGGCCAGGUCACGAUGAAGUCCGACGUCUACAGCUUCGGCGUCGUGCUGUUGCAGCUCAUCUCCGGCAGGCGGACCGUCGACACCAGCAAGCCCGUCGAGGAGCAGAACGUCGUCACCUGGGCACAGCCGAUGUUCAAAGAUCAGAAGAGAUAUCAUGAGCUGGUGGAUCCGCUCGUCAAAAGGGAGUACCCGGCCAAGGCGUUGAACCAAGUGGUGGCCAUGGCGUCGAUGUGCUUGCAAGAAGAGGACUGCGUGCGGCCGAUGAUGGGCGACGUCGUCAUGACGCUAGGCUUCCUCACCAUGCUGCCACCGGAUCCGCCGAGCGUCAACGUCCCUCCUCCGGCUGCCGCCCCAGAGCCCAAGAAAGACGAAAAAUCGCACAAAUCGCACCACUCUGACAGUUCGUCGUCCUCUUCGGAUGACGAUGACGACCACGGCGAGGAGGAAGAGGAGGAGGAAGAGGAGGAGCAGAGUUAAGGAUGAUUUGUUUUGGGGAAGGAAACGAUAAUAAGAUGCUUCAGAACUUUAAUGUCAAGAACCAUGUACGCCAUGUGGUUUGUUUCAUGUGUCUGAUGUGUAAGUAGUUCUAUACAUGAAUUGAUCUGGGGGGUUUCUGGGAGAGAUUGCGGCAAUGGAAUGAGCGGCGGGGCUUGAGCACAGACAAA